GUCAAGUCAAAGUUAUUGAAUAAUACCAUUUAGCACAGCCAAUAAAUUGUAUUCGAAAUGAUUGGGAUUUAUUGAAAUAAUAUUAAAUGAUUCUGAAUUAUACACAAUGACUAGAGACGAUAAAUUAUUUUUUCAUAAAACAGUACAACAUUUAGCACGAUCCUUAGCUUGUAUAAAAAAUGCUCGUUGGAGUAAAAUACAAACUUUGUUUUCAUUGUGUCCUUCAGAUCCACAAAAUGGUACAUUUAUUCUAAGUUCUAGACAACAGGAUGCCGUCAUAGCCCUCGGAAUUUAUUUUUUGGAAUCUGAUCUUCAACAUAAAAAUAUUAUAUUGCCAUAUCUUUUGAAGCUAGCCCGAUUGAUAGAAAAAGCACAAUGGCAGGACGAAAUUAAACUUAAUCCAACAGACAGAAUACCAACAGCGGAAAAAUUUAGUUUUUGUUUCCACACUCUUCUCAGUGAUAUAGCUGUAAAAUGCGAGGACAGCAUAAACGACAUUAUAAAUACCCAGGUGGACAGCCUCGUUUAUUUAACAAACCAAGUGCUGAAGAUGCAAGAUGCAAACAACCGAAACAGUGCCAGCAAUUUAUUUCUGUGCAAAACUACUCUGCCUGUUCUUAUAGGCUUAGCAAGAGCAAUGGGAAGAUUCUGUACAAGCGAUCCACCGUUGAUUUGUCGAAUAUUUCCAAGACCAGAACCGCCAUUAAGCCCAGGAGCUGCAAGGGAGCAAAAUAUUUAUAAAAGGAGCUUCAGUAGCUUUAGAAAUAUCAUUCCAAGGAGUUUAUCAGGAAAUUUACACGCUACUGUUGAUAUUUUGGCAGUUACUGCGGGUGGAUACGAUAUGAACGAUGUGGCAUACAACUCGAAUUCUUUAAAAAAAGGCUCAUCAAUAUUAUACAAUACAGGUCCAUACGACGCAAAGACAUAUUUUUUUGCCAAAUUCGGUUCGAGUUUCAACCAAUUCCCGCAUUUACGAAUAAACGAAACGAACGACAAGAAACCCCAGGUGAUCUUUCCUCAAAAUCACCUCACAACUAUUCUCACUCUUAGUAAAUCACUAUUAACUAAAGACAUUUUAAGUAUGUUAGAUGAACUGAGCUUGGAGGUCAGUACGACUGGAAAAAUUCAGAUAUUUCCUUACAAAUCCUUUUCUGAAACGGUUAAUCUGGUUAUGGUGACACUUAUGAGAGAAUUGCUGCAGCCUCAAAAAGAUUUGCCGGUGCCGUUUACCAAAGACGUACAAGAAUUUGUUAAAGGACUCUACUUAAAUGGCCAGACGGAAUUACAGAGUAGAAACCAUGAUGCAAGCGAAAAAGAAGAUAGAGAAAACAACUAUGCUUUAGUGAACAAAUUCAAAUUAAAUGUAAUGGCCAAUGCGGCCUGUGUAGAUUUAUUAGUGUGGGCUAUAGGUGAUGAAACAGUUGAUUCUGAAUAUAAUUUUACUACUUUAGUGCACUUCAUAUUAAUAAUCUUAGGUGCUGACAGUCUGUGUGGUAGAUUAACAGAAAAAAUCAAUUCGAAUCACGGAUACCGACUAGUUAUAGCACAUAUGCCACUGUUGAUGGUGUGCCUAGAAGGUUUGGGUAAUCUCGCCCAAAAAUUUCCAAAUAUAGCUUCUACUUCGAUAUACUGUUUAAGGGAUUUCUUGAUAACCCCUUCACCGAUUUUAUCCAAACUCCAUAGGCAAGCUAACGAGAAGGGUAUUAGAGACAAUUUGAAAAUUACUGCUCAAGGUAAUCAACUGAAAGCAGAAAACACGAAAACAUUGUCACCCGUCCAGACAGCAUUUGAAAAAUUGAGGGACGCAGCCAUCGAAAAUUUAUGUAUAGCUUUAAGUGCAGCUCAUACAUUAGAUCCUGAUUGUGUUAGAGCUCUAGUUGCUUCCGUAUCGAAUCGUUUAUUUACUGCAGAAAAGAGCGACAGCGAAUCAACUUUAAUUUCUACGAACAUCGUAAUAAUGUUGGGACAUGUAGCGGUGUCAAUGAAAGGCACUCCGAAAACGACAGAUACCAUUCUGCAUUUCUUCCAGCAGAGGUUUUGUAGAGUACCGUCAGCUUUAGAUUCGCUGAUAGUUGAUCAAUUGGGAUGUAUGAUAAUAGCACAGUGCGAACCUCAUGUUUAUGAAGUAGUCAUGAAAAUGUUCACCAUGAUUACUGUAGAAAGCGGAAGUGCUGCAUAUGGUGCCGCUACCAAUGAUAAGACGCAAUAUAGGCAUGUUUCAAGAUCGGUUAUAAAUGCUUUAGCAAAUAUUGCUGAUAAUAUAUCAGGCGAAGCACAAAUGAAUGAACUGCUUGGGCGACUUCUGGAACUUUUCGUACAAUUAGGUUUGGAAGGCAAAAGGGCGAGCGACAAAUCACCAGGUGCAUUGAAAGCUUCAAGCUCAGCCGGAAACUUGGGAGUGCUUAUACCAGUUAUAGCAGUAUUAUUACGACGAUUACCAGCAAUUAAAAAUCCGAAACCUCGUAUUCAUAAACUGUUCCGGGAUUUUUGGUUAUAUUGUGUUAUCAUGGGAUUUACAGCUUCAGAUUCAGGUUUGUGGCCUCAAGAAUGGUAUGAAGGUGUAAAAGAAAUAGCAGUCAAGUCUCCCACUCUGGUAUCGUUUACUUCCAGUAGAUCCGAAAUGAGGGAAUUACAGUUUACCAGUGCUGUUAGAAACGAAAGCGUAUCAGUGAAUGAGUUACAGGAAUUGAGGACUCAAAUUUUAGACCUUUUAAAGCAUCCAACCGACAUUACUGCUUAUGUAAACAAGCUCACUUUUGCGCAAUGCACAUUUUUAUUGAGUGUGUAUUGGGUGGAAACAUUAAGAGUGGAACAUUCUGGAGAACCAAGUUUGGUUCCAAUUAUUUCAGAAUAUUUAAGUGAUUCUGCUCUUCAAAAAGACAAAGCUGGAAUGUGGAAUUGUGUUCAGUCCGUUAGCGAAAGGGUGUUUGACAAAUUUUUAGACGUGAUGAAAGAUAGGCCCAAAAAUGAAGCUAGAGAAGCAGAUCUAGAGCUGCAUGCUCAGUUUUUAUUGGUUAACUUUAAUCAUCAACACAAACAGAUACGAAGGGUAUCUGAUAAAUUCCUGGCAAGUUUGAUCGAUAAGUUUCCACAUCUUUUGUGGAGUAGAAGAGUUUUAUGGACGAUGUUAGAUAUAAUGCAAGUUUUGUCUAAUUCCUUGGAAAUAGAUCCCAAUCAGGAAACACCCGCUUUAAGGAUUCCUCGCACACCAUUCUCUAUUCAGCUUAUGGAUAUAUUAGAAGCAAGAGAGACUAUUGUUAAAGAUUUUGCUGCUAAUGCAGAACGUAUAAUAAGAGAAGCUUUAAAGUGGGCGCCUCACUGGACUCGUUCCCAUAUUCAAGAGUAUAUCAACCAAGUUCCGGUUAGCGAGAUCUGGCAUCACACCGGUUUGUCGAUGGCUCUGGAGUCACUGAUGCAAUGGAGUCCACCUAAUAUAUACAAUGCUCAUUUAAGCAUGAGCAUGUUGGAUAAAAGACCCAAGUGUGUUAAGAGCGACUCGUCCAAAUUAAUGUCUACUUCAGCUAUGAGAUCGAAGUAUAUUGGAGAGGUUAUAGGAAUGGAAUUAGGAAAAGACAAAAACACUUUAGUCAACGAAAUACUCAAUCGAGUCUGGACAUCUUGUAAGGAAAGGUCAGACCAGUUACAUAGAGAUGCUUUAUGGCAAGCCACAGCGCUACUUAUUUCUACUAAUGAAUUAAAUAGAAGUCUUCUGCAUUGCAUAGCUUGGUCUCAGGUAGAAUUAUUUACAGUCGAAGCUAUGCGUACAGCAGUAGAAUGUUGGCAAUGGUUAAUAACCGCUAGACCAGAAUUAGAAAUUCGUUUUCUACAAGAAAUGGUCUCGGCUUGGAAGUGUACAGUGCAGAAAAAGCUUGGAUUGUUUUCCGCAGCUAGACAUCAUACUAGCCCUUUAGCAGCCUACGAAGGUUGCAGAUUGGAACCAGAUCCUCCCUUUGUAAAACCACAUGCGAUUUGGGUCCAGUUCAUAUGUGAAUUAGUAGAAACGAUAAAGUACAGCAGUUAUGAAAAAGUAGAAAUGAUCAGCAGCUUAAUACAUCACUCUUUAGCUAUGAACGUUGGAAGUAAUCCGCCGUCACAAACCAGACAUAUUUCGGCUAUCGGAGUCAAAUUUAAACUCCUGUCAUGUGGUUUGGCUUUAUUACAAGGUGACAUUCUCCCGAAAAGUUUAGGAAAGAAUGUUCUUAGAGAAAGAAUAUAUUGUAGUUGUCUAGAUUACUUCUGCAAGCCUGUUACAUGUCCAUCUCAAAGUCCAGCAGAGCUCAGAGAAGAUAUAUCAACGCUGAUCAGGUUUUGGCAAACCUUACAUUCAGACAAGAAGUAUCUCAAGGCUAGUGACGUAGGAGAAGUGGAAUUCACAAUUGCUCCUCCGGUACAGGGCAACGAAUUGGCUAAACCUAACGAUUUUAACAAAUCAGCUACAGGUUGGAUCAAUACUGUGCCUCUUUCGAAUAGUACCAACACACUAAGCAGAAGAUCUGCGAAAUCGACGAAAAGAAUGCCUGUUGCAGAUAAUUUCGUAAAAUGCUAUUUGAAGAAGAGAAAUUUAAUUUUGGAAUUAUUGGCUGUGGAAAUCGAAUUUUUAAUAGUCUGGCAUAAUCCAACAUUAAGACCAGAACUACAAAUGGCUGGUGAAGAAACGGUUGCAUUUUGGAGAACCAAAACUAUCACAGACAAGCAUUGGCAAGACUAUACUAGAUUAGCAUGGGAUAUAUCACCAACAUUAGCAGUUUAUCUACCUUCUAGAUUUAGGAUGAAUGAUACCAUUAUAAGUGAAAUAAAAAGUCUAGUCCAAAUUAAUCCUACAAGUGUAGCUCACGUAGCAGAAGCAUUGCAAUAUUUAGUUACUACUGAUGCAAUUUUAACUGACAGUCCGAAAUUAGUGAACAUGCUUACGUGGGCAAGAGUCUCCCCAAUUCAGGCUCUGGCGUACUUCAGUAGACAGUUCCCUUCACAUCCAAUCUCUGCACAAUACGCCGUUAGGGUACUCAGUUCCUAUCCAGCAGAUGCCGUACUAUUUUACAUUCCACAACUUGUACAGGCGUUAAGACAUGACAAGAUGGGAUAUGUAACAGAAUUUAUAAAAUACAUAGCGAAAAAGUCGCAAAUAGUUGCACAUCAGUUAAUUUGGAACAUGAAAACGAAUAUGUUUAUGGAUGAAGACAUGCUACAAAAGGAUCCUGUGAUCUACGAAAGUUUGGAGUCUUUAGUCGGAAGUAUUGUCAGUGAUCUCUCUGGACCUGCCAAACUGUUCUAUGAAAGAGAGUUCGAUUUCUUCGAUAAAAUUACGAAUAUUUCUGGUGAAAUUAGACCUUUCCCCAAAGGUAUUGAAAGGAAAAGGGCGUGUUUAGAAGCAUUAAGUAAAAUAAAGGUGCAGUCGGGAUGUUAUUUGCCCAGCAAUCCUGAAGCAAUGGUGAUUGAUAUAGAUUAUAAAAGUGGAACUCCUAUGCAAAGUGCAGCAAAAGCUCCAUAUCUUGCUAGGUUUAAAGUUACCAGGUGUGGUAUUAAUGAAUUAGAAAGUAUAGCAAUGGCUGUAUCAACAAACCAAGCUAAAGAUCAGAGUAUGGGUCCUGAAAUGUGGCAAGCUGCUAUUUUCAAAGUUGGAGACGAUGUCAGGCAAGAUAUGUUGGCGUUACAAGUUAUUGGAAUAUUUAAAAAUAUCUUUCAAACGGUUGGAUUAGAAUUGUACUUGUUUCCUUAUAGAGUAGUAGCUACAGCUCCAGGGUGUGGCGUCAUAGAAUGUGUUCCCAAUGCCAAAUCAAGAGAUCAGCUAGGUAGACAGACUGAUAUCGGAAUGUAUGAAUAUUUCUUGAAAAAAUAUGGUGAUGAAAGUACCAGAGAAUUCCAAAAUGCUAGAAGAAAUUUUAUUAUUUCAAUGGCAGCAUAUAGUGUUAUCGGAUUUCUUUUACAAAUCAAAGAUAGACACAACGGCAACAUUAUGUUAGAUACUGAUGGGCAUAUUAUACACAUUGACUUUGGGUUUAUGUUUGAAUCUUCUCCCGGAGGAAAUCUGGGUUUCGAACCCGACAUAAAACUAACAGACGAAAUGGUUAUGAUAAUGGGUGGGAAAAUGGAAGCUGCACCUUUCAAGUGGUUCUCAGAUUUAUGUGUCCAAGCAUACCUCGCAGUACGACCGCAUUGUGAAGCAAUCAUAUCACUAGUCUCUCUAAUGCUAGACACGGGCCUUCCGUGUUUCAGAGGCCAAACUAUUAAGUUGCUUCGAGGUCGUUUCAGUCCAGGAGUCAACGAUAAAGAGGCUGCAAAUUAUAUGCUACAGAUAAUCAGAAACAGCUUCUUGAACUUCAGGACUCGUACAUAUGACAUGAUACAGUAUUACCAGAACCAAAUUCCAUAUUAGAUAAAUAUUGUGAACAUGACUGUAUUGUAGUUAAAUUCAAAUAUUAUGAAAAAAGGGUAAAUUGUUUACAUUUGAGAUUAUUUUAUCAUUUUUCGGAUCUUGAAAAAAUUCUAAUGUACGAUUUUAACAAUGAUUCUUUACGAAAUUUAAACAUACCUGACUAAGGUGGCUAAUGAUUAUAACCUCGCUUAACAUUCUUGCCUUUUUCUAAUUUAUUUAUUUUUUAUAGCAAAAUAAGGGCAGCAUUUACAGAAAUCCGAAUUUAAAUUAAUAUUUCCUAAAUAAAAUUUUCCUAAAUUUACCCUUUUAUUCAUAAAUGAUAAUAUUAUAACACGAUGCACCAGACGAAUUUACUGUACUUUGUACUUAAUCAAUUUCAUAAAAACAAUAAGCGUUUAUAGUGAAAAGAAUGAGUAUAUUAUCGGAUUAUGUUUGUAUAUUAUUGAUCCAUGGAGGUAUAGAGUUUAUUAUCUAUUAAACGCUUAAUUAAUUAAUUAAUUAGUAAAGAAACUAACCAAUGCAUACAGACAACUUAAUAGAAAUACAACAACUUAUUCAAAAAUAAGCGGCCCACCAAAUAAACAAAACUGAAAAUUUACAGAUCAGAAUUGAAUCGAGUAAUCACAUAUUGAAAGCUGAUGAAAUUUUUCAACAAUGAUUGGUUUAUCAACACACAAAGAUAUUAUGAAGUCGAUGGAACAUCUAGAAAGGAGAGGACCAGAAACAAGUUAUCAAGAAAAUCACCCAGUGGAAACCAGUGAUAGGAACACCAAGAAGAAAACUUAAAAAUAGAUUGGGCCAAAUAAUUGAGUUAAUUGGAAAGUUUUUAAUCAAAGUCUGGAGAGAUAUAUCCAG